GUUGCCGUGCGUGGGGAGCGGAGGUUCAGCUGCGUCCUAAUGUUGUUAUGUGGAUUUUAGUGACUCAGACAUCAGAGUUUCGUUGUUUCUGCGGAGAUCGGACUCCGUGUGUCCACUGAGGGAACAGUCACACCGUCACCGACACGGGACAGACACGGUACACCGCCGGAUAAACUGCUGCUGCCGCGGGAAAAAUGUCUGUGGGCUCCGGGAGCAGAAACACGAACGCGGAACCGUGGGGGAGCUUUGACGACAACCUCAUCCAGGGUGGCGGAUCGGCGGUCAUUGACAUGGAGAACAUGGAUGACACGUCGGGCUCCAGCUUUGAGGACAUGGGGGAGAUGCACCAGAGGAUGAAGGAGGAGGAGGAGGUGGCAGCGGAGGCGGCUGCCACAGAAGACGACAACGCCGAUGACGGAGAGUUUCUGGGUAUGAAGGGGUUAAAGGGUCAGCUGGGCCGACAGGUGGCCGACGAGGUGUGGCAGGCGGGGAAGCGUCAGGCGUCCAGAGCCUUUAACCUUUACGCCAACAUCGACAUCCUGAGGCCGUACUUUGACGUGGAACCGGUUCAGGUCCGCAGCAGGCUGAUUGAGUCCAUGAUACCUGUCCGCAUGAUCAACUUCCCACAGAAGAUCGCAGGUGAGCUGUACGGUCCUCUGAUGCUGGUCUUCACUCUGGUGGCCAUCCUGCUGCACGGAAUGAAGACCUCAGGAACCGUAAUUAGGGAGGGCACUCUGAUGGGCACUGCCAUAGGAACGUGUUUUGGUUACUGGCUCGGUGUUUCCUCCUUCAUCUAUUUCCUCGCGUACCUGGUCAACGCUCAGAUCACCAUGCUGCAGAUGCUGUCCCUGCUGGGUUACGGUUUGUUUGGUCACUGCGCCGUCCUCCUCAUCACCUACAACAUCCACUUCCACUUCCUGUUCUACGUCCUGUGGCUGGUGGUUGGAGGACUGUCCACUCUGCGUAUGGUGGCAGCUCUGCUGUCUCGUACGGUCGGUCAAACUCCUCGUCUCCUCCUCUGUGGGACUCUCUCUCUGCUGCACAUGCUCUUCCUGCUCUACCUGCACUUUGCGUACCACAAGAUCGUAGAAGGGUUGCUGGACUCUUUGGAAGGACCCAACUUGGCUCCCAUGCAGCGGGUGGCCCGAGAUGUGCCUGAACUAACGCUCAAUGCCACAGUGAGGAGCCUGGGGGCCUUGCUGAGGGCCCGCUGAGGGUCUCGCUGAGGGCCCCACACACUCAGAGACGCUGUCAGUUGUCUUUUAACUGAGGAAAGUUUCCGUCUCUGUGUAAAUUCUUAUUGUUGGAACCUAAAAUCACAGAAUGAUCACAACUCAAAGGUCUGUGUAGAAUCUCAACAGCAUGCGACAGCUGAGCGGAGUCCAUGUACUGAUGAAGACCAUGACAGCUCCUGACGACGGCCUUUGAGUGGAGCUGGUUCUGUUGAAGCUUUGUGUUAAUGAACCUUUUCUCAUCUGUACAUGUUUUGUUGAGUCUGUAGGAUUUUUUUCAUAUUCAGAUGUAUUUAUAGUUCCUGUACAGACACUCAAAUAAAGUCUCUGGGUUUCGGCCGAAGUCACA